AUGACCAACGACACCCUUUUGUUCGAUGAGUUCGACGGCAACAUUUCGGACCCACCGCAGCCGCUGUCUCUCACCCUCAACCACAGCGCCUUCCCUCCUCUCCGGCUGGAGUCCAGGUCCCUGGUCACCUCCGCCACCAUGUUCGCCGUGGGAGUCUUGGGGAACCUGAUCGCCAUAGUCGUGCUGUGUAUCUCCAAGAGGGAGCAGAAGGAAACCACUUUCUACACGCUCGUGUGUGGGAUGGCCAUCACGGACCUGUUGGGCACCUGCUUCACCAGCCCGGUGGUGAUCGCCACCUAUGUGGCCAAUCGCUGGCCUGGCGGACCCCUGCUUUGCCAUUUUUUCUCUUUCUCCAUGCUUUUCUUCGGCUCGGCCGGGAUGUCCAUCCUGUGCGCGAUGGCUGUCGAGCGGUACCUGGCGAUAAACCACGCGUAUUUCUACUCCAAGCACAUAGACCGGACGACGGCGCGCCUCGCGCUCCUCGGCACCUACCUGGCCAACAUCGUGCUGUGCAUCAUGCCCAGUUUUGGCCUCGGACAGCACGUCAGACACUUCCCUGGCACCUGGUGUUUCCUGGACUGGAGGGCGACGGAUCCGCUGGGUGCCUCCUAUUCCUUCCUGUACGGCAGCGCAAUGCUGCUGCUAAUCUUGGUGACCGUUUUGUGCAACUUCGCCGUGUGCAAGUCGCUGGUGGGGAUGACCCAGAGACCGGGGAUAGUCCGAGCGGAAGUGUGCGCGCAAGGAUCCAGGCGCCGGUUUCCGCGGCUGCGCUCAGUUACCUCUGCGGCGGAGACCCAGAUGUUCUGGCUGCUGAUAUUCAUGACCAUCGUGUUCCUGGUCUGCUCCAUCCCGUUAGUGGUGCGGAUUUUUGUCAACCAGCUGUUUGGUCCUGCCUAUGUUUCUGCCGGAGGGAAGCCGGACUACCGCAGUGACAUCCUGGCUAUCCGCUUCGCCUCAUUCAAUCCCAUUUUAGACCCUUGGGUUUAUAUUCUGUGCCGGAAAAAUCUCCUGGUAAAGGGCUGCGAGAAGCUGAAGCGGACCGUGGGCCGGGCCAAAACCGGCGGCGGUCAUGACGUAGGCUGGACAGGAGGUCAGCACUCGCCCCCUUCAUUUGACCACAGCAACGAGACCAGUUACGCGUCAUUACGCACCGCCAACUGUAUCAGGAGCGACGCCGCCACGAACAAACCCUCCGCGAACCUGACAAUGAGACAAGCCUGGGACUACGACACGGCCCGGGUCAACUUCCACCCAUUCAGUGUCGAGCCCGGCACCGUUGCGGGAUUUGAAGCGGACGCCGCGGCUGCGUCCAAGCCGACCGUGGCGACGUCGACGCCGGUGGGAGGCAGCGGCGCUCCGUCUCGCCACCACACCAGAAAUGUGGACGUUGUCACGUGCAGCUUCAGCACACCCAGCUCGUGCUGGUCAGAGAGAGGCCUAUGA